AUGCAAAAUCCUGACCACCGACCCCUUCCCAAUGGUUGGACCGAACGCUAUGAUGUGUUCUCAACCUCCUUCACAAUAAGCCAAUGCCUCAGAGGAGUCAAUAUCACAUAUCCAAACGGUGGUUUCACCACCAUCUCAACCUCAAUUGCCCUCACCCCCAUAUUCAGAAGAGAGUUUUGGCUCAUCGAUGGGUUCCCCAUCUCCACCGCCAUCUUCUCAGGAGGAGGAUCUACAACCUCUCCUCCAAUCUCACCUGCAGAUGCUACUCAAUUUGCUGUGCUGGCAGCCCAAGCCCCGCAGAGAGCCAAAAUCUUCAAGCAGGUCGGCAUAUCGGUCGGCAAGACCGCAGGCAAAGCAGCACUGCAAAUCGCAGGUAACGCAGCCUUGUUAUCAGUGGGUAUCCCGCCUGGUCUGGCCAUAGAUGUCGGGACGUCAAUCCUGAACAGCAACACCGUGGGCGCACUCAUUGUGAAUGCCUUCCUCAGUGCAAGCACAGGGGUCAACCUGUCUACUCUGCUGGCUGUGCUUCAAGGGCAGCCUGGUGCAGACUACCAGGGCAUCAUAAAUGUGUUGAAGCUACAGCAGCAGCGGUUACAAAGGCAGCCUCAGGCACCUUCUGUGGACUACCAGGCUCUGCUCACCGAGUUGACCAGGAUACUGCUUCUGCUGCUCAACAGCAAGCUGUUACGCAACAACAACAAGCUCCCUCACAGCAGCACAUACGCAAAACGUCUAAACGAACUUUGGGUGCAAAGUUGUAAAGUUGCCAACUUCGCAGAGUAA